AUGCCGGUGACCUCAUAUGCCCAGGUGCGCCUAAUGGCACCCACGAAGGGACAGCGAGCACACUCACUUCGAUACCGUGAGUCUCAGAAGCCGAAAUCAUCACCACUGGCUACGUACUCUGAGAUGGCGGGCUGCAGCGAGGAUAGAGUUGAGAAUACUCCGAUCACCGAGUCGAUUUCCAGCAAGCGUGACAUUAAUACUACUUCAACCACAGAGUCGAUGGCUUGA